GUCAGAGUAUAACCCGGAAUAACCUAUCUUUCUCAAAGCAAUCAAUAUUCAUCGGUGUUUUCGUUUGUUUUUUGGCCAAAACCUUAUUACCCAAAAUCUAAGUAAGUACUUCAAAUUUUUUCACUCGCAGUGAUCUCUAGUCUAUUUGUAGUUCACCUGCUCUACCUCUUUCAGAAUCCUGGUCUAAUUGGGCUACACAACGCGGUUUUAUUCGCAUGAUGGACGGAAUGUUUACCCCUCCAGACUCAGUAACGGAAACUCUAAAAUGUUCCUUGUGCGACUGUUACCUUUCUGUAACACCUAUCGCCUUAAUAUCUGAUGAUGGCUCACAGUACAAGUGUGGCAGAUGCAGUGCCGUUAAAACUGUCAUCAACACCCGAGCCACAAUUUAUGAAAGUGUGGCUAAGUUGAUGGUGUUCCCAUGUAUCUAUAAAGGAUGUGAAAAAAGAUACCUUUUGUUGAUGUGAAGGACCAUGAGAAAUCUGUGAACAGCGAACCACUAUUUGCCCCAAAUCAGGCUGUACAGAUUCUAUCAAAAUCUUGAAGAUGGGGCAACAUUUCAAGGAAAAGCAUAAUGAUGCAUUCCAUACAAGCUAUUUCAACAUUAAAAACGCUUAUGCUUAUUAUAAUAUUGAUGUAUUGGAGAAGGAUGGGAAGUCAUUUAUAGGGUUUUUUGAUUUUGAUGAAGCUAAUUUUGGUCUCAGUGUACUGUCAACUGAUCCAACAGAUAACCACCUCCAAUAUGAAGUAAAAAUAAAAUCGGAUAAGUGCAACUUCACAAUAACCAUCUCAAACCAGAAUGUGAUCUCAUUCAGCGAACGUGAACAUUGUUUUAAAUGUGCCAGUGGAAAUUGCAAAGCAAAGUUCCAUCCAUACCGAGAUAACAGGAAAGACAUUUCCAGGCGGAUGACCACUAGGAUUAACAGAGAUAGCAUCAAGAAGAUGUUUGGCACAGGGUCAUUGACUUAUGCUAUCAGUGUUGACGAGAAAGUUGAAGAUAAACUGAAAGAAGAAAAGGUGAAAGACGAAAACAAAAUCGAAAUGAGGGACGCGCUGAUUCGAAAAGCGAAGAAGAUAUUCCUUCAACUUCUAGAAUGUCCUUUAUGCAAAAGCUACAUGUCACCUCCAAUUUGGCAAUGUUUAACCGGUCACACCAUAUGCAACAACUGUAAGCCCAAGCAAGAACUGUGCAGUACUUGCAAUGAGAAGAUAGAAAAUACGCGAAACUACACCUUGGAAGAGCUUUCAAAGAAGGUAGAAUUGCCUUCAGAGAAUGAAAAAAAGUUCUCAUUUAAGAGGAGUUCAGAAGAAGCUGAAGUCAAUGGAAGUCCUGCACCAAAGGUGCAUAAAAAAUAGUUCCAGUUCUUUAAGUUAGCAUAAGGAUAGUUUUGAUGAAAAAAAAUUAAGUGUUAGUUGAGGUUUGAUACAUAGUGUUGUAAAGAAGGAUGGUUAAAUUGAAUAUUAACAUUUUUGACAAUUGCUGGUACACGUACUUUAUAAAAUUUUGAAUAUCUGUGCAAGAUUCCAAGCCAAAUCUUCAGUCUCUAGCGUCGUAAUCAUGGAAUAACCAUAUAGAAUCUUACUAUUUCUGAGUGAAUGUUAUUCUUAAAAAAUCUUUUCCCUGUGUGUAUGAGAGUCAUGUCCUAUACAUUGGCGCCUGCAGGAAUGUUCUCUAGGGGUCCAUUUAAACAUCAGCAAGUGGAAGCUUUUCGUAUUUUGUGACAGUUUUUGAAUAGCAGAGAGAAUGAAAUUUUCCCUGGAGGGUGGAUCAAAUCUUAAAAAUAUUGUUCACAAAGCCAUGUUAAAUGUGUGAAUUUCAAAGAGCAACUGGAUUCUAGGGAGGCUAGAGAUGGGUGAUGAUUCUGUACGAAAAGUGUGAUUGUAAUUGUGGCAGUGAAUCUUCAGUAGUUAUAAUUCAUUAUUCGCGUGCUUGGUUUAUAAAUCAAAAAUGUUUAUUUAUUUGAUACUUCGCGGUACUAUACAGUGAAAACCAAAUUUGUCUGACGGCUUGAGUUCAACGCGUACGAGAGAGAAGCGCGAGAAGUGUAUAUCAACACAGGUUAGAAAGGCCGGCUGAAGAACGAAAGUCAACACCACGUUGCCUAGCGACGGUCACGCAGAAAGUCGUGCGAUCUGCCGUGUUGCCAAUAUGUUCCACCAGAAAAUGUAAACAUAUGCUUCUACAAUAGGUUAGGUAACUGUCUAACCCAAAAAGGAGGUCAGUUGGAACAUUUAAUUCAAUAUUAGGUUUUCAUUUAGAUUAGAAUUAUUUAUUUCAAUUUUAAUGCGUCUUGGUGUUUUAAUUUAUUUUAGAAUCAUAUUUGAUUUUCACCGAUGGUGAUAAAAUCGACAUGUCUUGAGUUUUUGUUACAUUUUACAUCAUUAAAAAAAAUGUAAAAAUUACAUCAUUCAAAUGGCCUCCGAGGCUUCGUUUACAGGACUCGAUCCGAGAGGUCCAAUUGUGUGAAUUUCUGCUGCAUAAGUCGGACUGGAUCUCACCAAUGGUUUGAAUGAUGUUGUUCUCUAGUUGGUGAAUUGUUGUUAGUUUGUUGUCAUAAACCAGCGUCUUAACGUAACCCCAGAGAAAAAAGUUUAAGGGCCUUAAGUCGCACGAACUUGGCGGCCAUUCCACAUCGAAUCUUCUGGAAGUAACGUGUACUGGACAUUUUUCUUGCAACAACUGCAAUGUAAUGGCCGAUGUUUGACACGUUGCGCCGUCUUGUGGAACCACAUGUCGUUCUGGUCCAUAUCAUCCAAUUGAGACUAUAAAAAGUCACUUAUCAUGGUCCGAUACCGGGCGUCGUUGACAGUCACCGUCUCGCCAUUCUCGUUUCGGAAGAUGUACGGUCCAAUGACGCCGCCUGACCAAAACCCACACCAAACAGUAAGAUUUUUCGGAUGCAAUCGAGACUCUUGAUACUGUUGUGGAUUACUGUCUCCCCAAAUGCGACAAUUUUGUUUAUUCACGAUGCCGUUUAACCAAAAAUGUGCCUCAUCACUGAAAAUGAUUCUUUUGACAAAAUUUUCAUCCGCUCCCAAACUAUUUCAGAGCCCAAUCAGCGAAAGUACGACGCGCUUGGUGGUCUUGGGGCGCCAGUUCGCAGAAAGGCCAAUUGCUUGUACACGACGCGAAAUCGAAAGGUUUGGGUUUUCAGCUAAACUUGACCGCGCGUUUCUGCGUCUUACAGGAACUGCCACCUGAAUCGUCAGAGCAAGAUGUUGCCAGAUUUCGGACAUAGCUAUUGAAAAACCUUUAUAAUACAAAUUAUCACUGCCUACGUUUACUCAGGUGAAAACCAUUUCGCUCAUCUAUGGUCAUGGAGGUGGAAACCUUGCCUUGGAUUGGACGAGAUGCGGUACCAAUCGAACCGAUAAUGCAAUACUGCAGAAUUUCUGUGUUGAACCGGAAUCGAUCGUAAACAGAUUGGACACAAUUAAAAAAUGUGUACGCUCAAAAUAAACUAACGCUUAUUUUCAAGAUUCAUCUUAAUUCAAGGAAUUGGUGUAACAUAUUGGUAACGCGGUAGAUUGCCAGGUCAGCGUUGCUAGGGAUGAUCUCUUUCUAACAUAUGUUUCUAUACACACUUGUCUCCCCUACAUAUUGAACUCGAGCCGUCAGACAAAUUUGGUUGGUGUAUGCUAGAAUGUAACAUUUUUUUAGUUAGUUUUACAACACUAUAUUUGUGUCUAUUCUGUGUGUACAUGUAUUUCAGUUACCUGUGCGGUCCCAGAAAUGUAGAAUUGGUUAGCAGACUGUAUAAAGCAGGUUGACUGAUAUCAUUGCGAUUAUUGAUGGGCAUUACUGCCGUACUUAGGUAGAGUGUGAAAGUCUGAGAAUAUUGAGUUGAAAAUUCUGGAAUUCUGGAUUUUUUAAAUGAAUAGUAUUAUUACGACUGAACAAAAAGAAUGAGUGAAUAGUUACAUGACUUUAUAGACAGUCAUUUAAAUGUGAUUUCGGAUCAUAAUUGUUGUUGAGGUCUAAAAUAAAUUACAUUCCGGCAUUAAUUGUAAAUCAAACAGCAUUAAGUGCUUUUAUACUUCACUGGCCUUUUUUGUGUUUUUCACAAUGCACUUGUAUUAUUUGUUCAAAGGAAUAAUGCAGAAAUGCAAUUUUAUAUUGUUUUCAUAUAAUUUAUUCAUAUUUAAAUUCUCAUAAAUAGCACAAAAGCAAACUCUUUUCAACAUCUAAUCAUUCAUCAUAAUAAUUAUAUGAUUACAUUUAAUAAUCACAUCCAACAAAGAUAAUUAUACAUAUAAAUAUAAAUAAAUAAACAUUCUAAUAUGUCAAGUUAAAUAAAGAAAUUUUCAAAAAUUAUUCUUUCAUAGUAAGUGUAAUUAUUUAUAAUGAUAAAUACUUAUUCACAUAUAAUCGAAUUAUUACAUAAAAAACUAAAUAAGUAAACAUUAUAAUAGGUUAUAAAAGAGUAAAAAGACAGUACUUGUAUCAUACAGAGAAUAAAAGCAGUAUAGUUUGAAGACUACUGCUUUUUUGCUUUGGUAAAUUGAUUUACUACUUGUAUGCUUAGGAAAUGUAGUGGCUAUGAAAUAUUUGACAAAGCAAAAUCUAACUAUUCUUGUUAAAUAACGUAAUUAACGAUACAUUUUGUAACUGUAAUCAUAAAAGGAAUGUAUUGGUGUCAAUAUUUAAAAAAGGCAAACACUAAACUUACUGCCUUUUACCUAAGUACAGCAGAUUACUUAUCGUUCUUUCGAAUUUAGUUGACAUGUAUGUGAAUUAGUUUUUUAGGUAUGCUUUUAUAUUGUCCUUACUUUCUGUAACUUUGAUCAUGCGACAAGAAAAACUGGUGGAUAUAGUAUUGUGUUUGAUUUCCCUGCGUUUGUAUCAAAUGUAUAUUUUUGACCCUAUCUCAGGGAUUUGGAACAGAAACAUACAAGCGUACUAUAAAAGCGUUGCAAUAUGACUUAACAAACGGACACAGAAGCCUGCAUGUUGAGACAUGUCCUUGAGUGCAUUUUUACAGUAUAAGUUUACGCGUGGUUCAACCUUAGACCAGUGCUGAGAAGAAAUGACGCUUGCAUUAAAGAAUGAUUGUCCUCAUCGUACGACCAUAUUCAGGUGGUACAAAGAAUCCCAAAGGGGCAAUUUCACUCUGGAGGACGCUGAGAGGGAAGGAAGGCCGCGAACGUCACUAACAGAGGAAAACGUUACCGCUGUGAGGAAAACGCUUGACGAAGACCGGAGAGUGACAUACCAACAGAUAGAGGAG